AUUUUAUUUUAAGCACAGUGAGCUGUCUAAACCUACAAAGUCAAUGCCUCAAAAGAACAUUGGCCAAUGUGUUUCACCAUCAAACAUAAACAACUCAUCGUCAUUACCAAGAAAAACCCUAAUUACAAUUAUUAGUACGUCCAAAUUCGUAAUUAGUAAACAAAAAGUGAGAUAGAAUGGUAAAGAGAAGAGAGUGCUUUCGAAGACUCUUCCCUCGAAUAAACUCAAAGAGGUGACAGCCGUUAUUAAUACCUCCUGCCGUACUUUCUUCUACAGACCACACACACUCUUUUUUUGCUUACGACUUCCGAGACAAAGAGAGAAAGAGAGAGAAAAAGAGAAUUCUUGUAAAAGCUUUUGCCUUUUAGAGGAAAGAAUAGUGCCAGAUCUUAGAAGGAUCCGAAGACCCAUCAGAAACUUUUUACGAGUCAAUAAAUCUUAUUUUUACCCACAAGACAACAAACAAACUUGCAUUCCAAAAAACCACUUCUUCUUCUUCUUCUUUCUCCUCCUUCUCUCUUGUUUUUUUCUUCCUUUGACUUUCACUGUCUCUUUGUGACUUUGUCUUCAUGUUCGUCUGUUUUUGGUUACUCCUCCGGAACAAGGUUUUGUGAGAUGACUCACGUGUUGGUACGAAGACAGGGACAAGGAAAGAAGAGAAGAUGGGACGUGAAUAUGACCAUGUGUUUCUUCUUAUUCUUCUUCGUCUUCUAUGUCAGUUUUCAGAUAGUUUUGUCGUCAUCGGCUUCUGUUGGUUAUUCUCGUCUUCACCUCGUCGCGUCGCCGCCGCCGCCUCCGCCGAGAAAGGCUCUGAGAUACAGUACGGCACCGUUUCGUGGGCCAUUGAGCAGAGAUGAUAUUUAUGGAGACGACAAGAGAGUAGUUCACACGGGUCCCAAUCCUCUCCACAACUAACUUUUACGUGUUGCUAUUAUUAUCACUUACCCCCUUCACCAACCUACAAGGGCUACAAGCAAAACGCAAGACGCAAACGUGGAACGCCAAUCGCGAUCCGAAGGUACUCUAGUGUAAAAUCGAGUUUGUCAUAGAUUUUGAAAGUUGGAAUCCUUUUGUUUUUGUCUUUAUGGAGCAUAGAAACGAUUAUAUUUUAGGUAUUUAGGGUAGAUUUGGUUCGACUAUAUUGAACUCUUUUAAUGUUAGUAUUAAGAAUUUAAAGAAUAUACGCCACUUUUGCCUAACAACUAAAGGAGAGUAAACUAUCUAAAGAUAAAAUUGUGAUGUUGUUAAGUGUUGCAACGGUUACAAUGUUGUUGUGUUUCAUGUCACAGAAAAUUAUGAUGUCUUAUAUGGUGUUUAAUUAAUGUUUCAAGAAAAUGUGAGAUGGUAUGUGGUUUUAAUGUUGAACUCUUUAAUGUCUUAUUUGGGUUUAGUGAUUGAAAUUUGUGAAGGCUAGUGCAGAAGACGCCCUAAAUCAUCUCAUUUGGUGUGUAAUUUUCUAAGAAAUGAGAAGGUAUGGUUUUAGUGUUUGGAAUUUGAGAAGGCUAGUACAGAAAAAACUAUGAAUCAUCUCAUCUGAUGUGUAAUGUUUCAAGAAACGAGAUGGUAUGGUUUUGGUGUUUGAAUUUGAGAAAGUGCGUGCAGAAGAAGCUCUGAAUCAUAUUUAACUUUCCUUCUUCAGCAUCUGCCCUCAUAAUUCCACUUUUUUCUCUUUGCUCUCAACAUAUACCUACCCCUACUAAUUGAGUAAGUGUGAAUAGUUUUCUCUCUCAGAUGACUAUUAGUCUAUUACUAUUACCAUCUUUCAUUUAAUUGUUUGGUGUACUUCAAAAGUAGAGAUUUAGAUACAACAACUACUCUGU